GUUGUGCUUUUUUCUUGUGAGUUAUUAUUAGUCAAGUUAUAUUAUCCUGUUAUGGGACAUAUUGCACACAAUUUGAGUCAACAAAGUCAACUGUUUUGUUUAAUACUUUUAUUUCUUUUGCAGCAUGCUGUAGAAAUUGCAGCCUUUUCCGGCUUUCUCUGUGCUCAAGGAGGAGGAAAAAGAGCGUGUGAACAGGUCUAAACAUGGGUUAACCUCACUCAACACUUUCUUUUUCCUUCUCCCUAUUUGCUUGACUUUAGUUGGCAACAAAAGUCUUGUUUCCAUGACACAAACAACACAGCAUUUAAUCACUCAGUUAUUCAAUCAGUUUUUACUCCUGUGAUUGUUUUUAAGCUGAUAUCUUUUGAGUGAGUGUCUAUUGACCUUUUCAGUUCAAACAGUGUGUGUGUGUGUGUAUACAAGUUCACUUUGCUGAAAUGUGUGCUUUAAAUCUAGUAUUUUCUCUCGUUGUCAUAGGCUUUGGUUAAACAAAAACUAAACCUGGCAUUCAUUUCUAGGUGAAUAAUUACUUGCAGCAUAACUGCAACUACAACGAAGUUACAUAAAGUAGAAAUAUUCGAUGACAAAUAGACUGCUUCACUGUUAUUAUUUUCCAGUACUUUAAACGCGCCUAUGUUAUGUUCUUUGCCAGACUGUUUCUUAUACGUAUAUGUUAAAACAACAGAAAAAAGUAAAAGUGUCACGCUACGGCGGUCCUGUUGUCCUAUUGUGUCCGUAUGGGCGCGGUUUAUUGCGCAGGGCAGGGCAAGGUGCGCUUUCUUCAGACUGCACGUUCGGCGGCUGUCGAAUUUCACUUAUCUCCCGCGGAGCCGUCGGGACAUUUAGAAAAAUGUCGAAAGGAAACCCGUUAAAAUCUGUCAUUUCCAUCGGGAAUGUGGACGACACGUCACUUGCGAUGCCGUCGGUUAACCAGAACCGAAGCGCACAGCAACGUGUCCUGGAGCAAGUUCAAAGUAUGAAGCGGACAAAGUCGAAGUCCAGCACCAGCAGCAGGAGUGGAUCUACUUCUUUGUCUCCAACAAGCCCUUCGUAUGACUCUGUGUUUGAAGAAAUUCCGAAAUCACCGCAGAGCACAAAUGGAAUUAUGCUUCUCAAGAAUGGCUACUCUAGAAGUCUCAGCUAUGAGAAAAACAAUACCCAGCAAAAAGCCAACAUCUCCCAGGGAUCCAGUGCGAACAGAUACACAGUAUCUUCUGCCUAUCAAUAUAAGAGUCACUAUGCCCCAGUUGGGCCUAUGGGAGCCGGUCAGAGCAACAGCAGCCGCAGCGAGCCCAAUCUGGUAUUACAUCAGCGCACUGUACCAUCGCGUUCGGGCCCAUCAAAAAGAAUCCAAACCAUGAAGACUGGUGACAGCAGGUCACAAAGAGCCACCAGCCAGUUUAUAACGAGGACCACGGUACCCCCACCACAGUAUGCUGCAAAUGGUCAGACUAAAGCAAACAAUCAGUUCAUAUACAGCCGAAUAGACACAGUUAAAGCCCCAAAGCUGAUCGUUACCGAGCCUUCAUUCAAAAGCAAAAUGGAUUCUGGCUCCAAUGGAAAUGCCAAAAUUGAUAAAGUUGAUAUUACUAUGAAGGAGGCUGUGGACUAUCUAGCCAGUGAUGAGGAGACGUAUCAGCACUGUGGAGCUUCCUACAUCCAGCACAACACUUUCAUUGACGACAAAGCUAAAGAGGAGGUCUUAAAGCUUAAUGGCAUUCCUCCGUUGGUGAAUCUGCUGCGCAGCCCCAGUUUGCAAGUCACCUCUACAGUCUCAGCUGCUCUUCGUAACUUGUCCUUCAAAAACGAGAAAAACAAAGAGGAGAUACAGCGCUGCGGUGGCAUCACGCAGGCAGCUGCUCUGCUCAAAGAUGCAAACUCUUUAGAGCUACAGAAACAACUGACAGGUCUUCUGUGGAAUCUGUCUUCUGUAGACCAAAACCUCAGCAGUUCUAAGCAAAGCUACAGACAGACAAUGAGAAAAUGUCGGAGUCUGAUCGACUGUUUGGUCGCUUAUAUCAAAGAGUGUGUGCAAACAGGAAAAGAAGAUGAUGAGUCAGCCGAAAACUGUGUGUGCAUCCUGCACAAUCUGACAUUCCAGCUGGAGGCCGAGGCUCCUGAGCUGUUCAUCAGGAUCAAUGCUUUGGGUAAAAACAUAUACAGGAGCAACAGCCAGGACAAUAUCAGUCCCAUCGGUUGUUUCAGCACUCGGAGCAAAUCACUAGAACGUGAGUAUCAUUUUGACUUCCCAGUUAUUGAAGAGUCACAACCUGCUGGGGCAAGCUGGCUGUUUCAUUCCAAAACCCUGGAGAGUUACCUGUUUUUGCUUGGCUCUAGCCAGCGAGAAGAAACACGGGAAGCCUGUUGUGGAAUAUUGCAGAGUCUCACUGCACAGGAAGGCCUCGUCUCCAGGGCAAUUGGUCAAACUAUUGUACAGAAACUGAAUGGGCUUCAGGUUAUCAGUCCCCUCUUGAAUUCAAAAAAAGUCAACCUGCAGAGGAGCACAGUGGAUUUAAUAGCCAACUUGACAAAGAACCCUGUCCUGCACAGUGCCAUCAGUCGUAAAGGGCUUCCAGAGCUGCUGGUUAUCCUCAGCAAUGGCACCACGGGAGGGAAUGAAUCUGAUGAUACUCUUGCCAUGGCCUGCCAGGCUGCCAGCUGCCUGUUUAUGAGGAAUCCCGAGAUGAACAAGAACUUAUUAAACAACAAGCUGAUAAGCUCCCUGAACGAUCUCAGCAAAAACAUAUACUUCCCUAAAUCCAGCAAAGCGUCAGCCCUGUUUCUCUGCAAACUUUGGUCAGACAAAGAUUUACAAAGCUUCCUGAAACGGCAAGGGAUGAGCAAGUCCUUAUUUGUGAAUGACAUCACCAUGGCGGUACAGCGGUCACUUCAGGUUGUUGAUUAACAGCUUAUCAGACCUCUGAAAGUUGUUCAGUGAAGUAACUCACCUGCAAUGUGUCUACACACCCACAGGACAUAAAAUCACAGAAGCAGAGUUGCAACAUUUCCCAUUUCAUCCAUAAACUCCACAUAGUGCAUCCAUGAACAAAUCACUACAUGAUCUUUUAUAUGGUGUAAAUUUCUGUUUCCUUGUUUGAAUAUGGGUGAAAGUCUAGUACAAUAAGAGCGAAAAUGCAGAAAGUGCACACUUUUAUUUGCUUUUCUCAUUUUUAAUGCUGUCAUGUCAUGUUUUUAUAUACAGUUUGUGUCCAAGCCUUCACUUUGGAACCGUGAGCUUGCAUAAAUAUAUAGUGACACAAUGCCUCGGCUUUCAUCUUGCACUAAAAUGUGUGUCAUAGCAUGUAAUGCACAUGUAAAAAAUUUUGACAAUGCAUAACAUAACCAAAUAAAAAUAAAUGAUAUUCUGUUAGCAUGGCUGCUGUAGGACAUUUGAUGUGUAUCUCUAUUUGUAAAUACAACUUUUGCUGUUGGGAUGUCCAUCUAUUUCAUAUGUAUGAUUGCCAUUUUGAAAUUAGCUAGCUGUAUUGAACACAGUACUGGUAAUAAAGCUGAAAUAAAUAUAUUCUUUUGGCUGCAAAGGUAAUCCAAGAAUUUUGAGUAAUUCUGAGUCCUUUUUCACGGUCACUGGUUCAGCAUGAAGAAGUUUCCAAUCUCAUUCAUGUCUUGUCACACCCUUUGACUGCAGUUUGAAAUGCUUCAGGACAGAUUAGCAACUCAUCUCUCACAUUCUGUUUACUCCACCCCUAUGAUUUAUUUUAUUAAUCCAGGCACUGCAGCUGUUGUUGCGCUCACUCUAUUAUAUAACUGUUGACCAGAUUUGAACUUUGGUCGUCCACAUUUCAAACCACAUAAUCCACUGAACAGCCAUGAGGGGAUUUUGGGUCCGUGGGUGUUAUUUAGAUUUAGACUUCUGGCACAGCUGACCUUUUUUUAAAUAAUCACUUCAUUGUACACUGGAGAUUUAUGUGUCUGAAUGUGUUCAUUAAUAAAAAGCUUGUAUUACUGUGA